AUGGUCCAUACGCCAGAAGUGGCCGAGGGGCCUGUACGAAGCACACCGGAAGUCCACGAAGCCAUUACUCCCGAGAAAGUCAAGGACAGUGACGAAGCGCUCAAUUUCCUACGGAAACAGGAGGUUGGCGAUGAGAGUCAAUAUGUUGACGAGAAAGCACUGCUUCGCAAAAUCGACUGGAUGGUGAUGCCAUUGAUGUUCUGUUGUUAUUUAUUGGAGUACCUGGAUAAGAGUCUCUUGAAUUAUGCUUCUGUGAUGGGUCUCUUGGACGACGCAAAUAUCAGCACAAACCAUUUCGCAAACCUAUCGCUUCUGUUCUACGUCGCAUUCCUUGCAUUCGAGCUCCCACAUGCCUAUUUAAUGCAACGCUUCCCGGCUGCCAAAUAUCUGGGUGUUAUGGUUAUGUGCUGGGGUGCAGUUGUUGCCUGCACGGCAGCCUGCAACAGCUACGGAUCACUGGUAGCUGUGCGGUUUCUUCUUGGCAUGUUCGAAUCUACGAUUAGUCCAUCACUCAUUAUCAUCACAACCAUGUGGUAUAAGACGAGUGAGCAGCCCAUCAGAGUAGGGCUGUGGUACAUCGGAGUUGGGACAGGCUCCAUCCUGGGCGCCUUGAUCUCUUUCGGAUUCCAGCACUACCAUAGCCAAACUUUCAAGAGCUGGCAAGCCAUGUUCCUGGUUGUGGGUCUUGUCACUAUGUUCGUCGGAGGCCUCGUUAUCUGGCUGUUGCCCGACAAUCCCAUGUCAUCGCGCCUGUCUCAUGCGGAGAAAAUCGUGGCCAUUGACCGCAUCAGAGGCAACAACACUGGUAUCGAAAACAAGCACUUCAAACUUUACCAAGUUUUGGAAUGUCUUCGAGACCCACAGGUCCUUUUGCUCUCUCUGUUAACAAUCGCUGGCAGCGUUCCCAAUGGAGCUGUGAGCUCGUUUCAGAGUAUUGUUAUUAAAAGCCUCGGCUUUUCUGAAAUGCAAACGACACUCCUGCAGAUCCCUAGUGGAGCUAUUGCUGUCUUAAGCGUUCUUUCUGCAACUUGGCUGGCGAGCAAGUACAAUGCCAGAGGUGUCAAUAUUAUCAUAUGGUCAGCAAUUGGAGGAUUACUUGGCGGUUCACUUUUGGCCUUCCUACCCGAAGAAAACAAGGCUGGCAAGCUGGUCGGAAAUUACCUGUGCCAGGUUGUUGGUGCAUUCUUACCUUGCGCGUACUCUUUUGCCGGGGCAAAUUUUGCUGGACAUACUAAAAAGGUCACGGUGAACGCGAUUAUCCUUAUGAGCUUCUGUAUCGGCAACAUUGUUGGUCCACUGACGUUCCGAGACCAAGAUGCGCCAAACUAUACACCCGCUAAAGUGACAAUCGUGGCAGUGGAUUCUGCUACCAUUGUGCUGACCACAAUCCUCUUGUUCUAUUACAAAUGGGAGAAUAAGAGACGAGACCAGCGACCACAGGAGCACGUGGAGAAUGUGGAGUUUUUGGACUUGACGGACCGACAGAAUAAAGAAUUCAGGUACAGUUUCUGA